UGUGUUUCACUUUUGCUUUACUCCUUGUUUGGUUGAGCCAGUUUUUGGUUGUCACUUGGAUUUUCAAUGUUGCUGUCUUUUUUCCCAUGUUCAUUGUUCAACAAAUAUUCAAACAAAAUUUACUCUUUGACAUGACUUGUGAAUAUCAACCUCAAGCCGAUCAACAACUCAGUUAUCAUAUCAAAAAUGAUCAAUUCAACUUUUGAACCGAUCUAACCAAAAAAUGCAAAUCCUUGUUACCAUCUAAUAACCAAUCCCUGUGAUAACCCUCUAGUUACCUCUUACGCCAUUUUAUGUCUAAAUCUUAAGGUUUUUGUUUCUAACCUCAAUCCAACCAUUUACAUGAUUAAUCAACUUGCAUCGACACUGCACUCGAUCUCAUUGUUAACCAUUUUCACAUUUUUGUGUUCAACUUUACCCUGAAACAUUAAACCUCACCUCAACACUGUCCAUCUAAAGUUACACCAAUGGGUUGUUUAACAUCAAAAAAUGAGCAACAACAAGCACAACCUGAACCAGCCAAUUACUCAUGGAAUAACCGGGAAAAUAUUGAUCCUUGUGAAUAUACAAUUGAAAAUGUAAACAGUUCAACAGUCAUUAAAAAACCUGGCUCAGUAAAUGGGAAACAGUUUAUUGUCCAAAAUUGUCAAAAGUCAAUCCUAUGCAUUUUUGAUUACCUUGAUUCAGCAACAGUUGAUGACUGUGUUGACUGUACCAUCUUUAUUGGACCCACAAAGGGAAGCAUAUUCCUUCGAAAUUGUUCAAAUUGUCGAAUAAUUUGUGCCAGUCAACAAUUUCGUGCUCGUGAUUGUAAAUCUCUCUACCUAUUCUUACAUUGUCUUACUAAGCCAACCAUUGAAGCCUGUGAAAACAUUCAAGUUGCCUGUUAUUCAUUCUUUUAUUCACAACUUUCAGAUCAAUUUAAAUUAGCGGGUUUAACAGUUUUCAACAAUUCAUGGAGUCAAGUUUAUGAUUUUGGUGGAGCUGAAGGAACCCAAAAUUGGUCUCUUCUUGAUCCAGAUAUUCAGCCUGAAGAAGUUUUUGAAUGUUUACUUAAUAUUAAGGAACCUGAAAUCUCGUUGGAUACAGUUUUGAGUGUGGUUCCACGAACUUUGGGAGUUCGAACUGAUCAAUCGAUUGAAACUGGUUUGGUGAUAUUUUUCCCUGAUGGCAAUCGCGAGAAAAGAGCCAAAGCCUAUAUUCGGGAAAUGGCUGAAAAAUCUUAUUUUGAUUUACUUACUCAAUUUCAGUGUUCCUUGGUUGCAACGAAAGAGUUUAUGAUGAAGGAGGUUGAGGCCAUGCAAAUAUUUAAAACCGAUUCAUAUAAUUCCAUUGUUGGCCGUGGUCCAGUUAUUGCAAUACAACAUCUUGGUCCCGAUUGUAUUAAGAAAAGCCAUCAAGCAGCUAAAACAAUUGCUCUGGAAACUGGAUCAACUGGACUUGUUUACGUUCCAUCUAAUCCAGAGAUUGCAAUGGAACAAAUUAAGCUUAUCUUCAACUCGAUUGACCUUCCACAGGAAAAAUUUAGCUCACCAACAAUAGCUAACAAACAAGAAAUAACCGAGUCAAUAGAAUGAAAUCUUUGAUGGAAAAUUGUUCUUUUGUAAAUUGUAAGGUUAAAUUAGAGCAGCAGCAAUUAGUAUAAAAAGCUUUGUUGACUAAAACAAUCCUUUUGUACCAAUACUAAUACUCAUCAUCAUCUUUCAUCUAAAGUAAUCAACAUUCAUACAUAAAAAUUGAAAAUAAGCCUAAAACCAGUUCUCAAUUCUGACCCAACUUAUCAAAUACACUCAGAAUUAACAAUGUUUUUAUGCUGAACAGUUAUAAAAGCCAUUUUUAAAUUGUCUAAAACAGUUUUUGAGCGUGAAAGAAACGCGAUUUUUAAACUUGAGACUUUUCAAGCCUAUCUUAUGACUAACUGUGUAAGUUGAGAAUCAAUUAUUCAAACCUCUUUGCAUUACCAUUAUCUUUGUACCAUUAGACUUUUCACCGUAUAAAGAGCUUCAUUUUUGACUUUAAA